UCAACCUCCACCAGACAUCAUCUUGAACAGCUCAACUGCGGAUGCUACGCCAUGGCUCUGUCUUGGAAGUCAUUCGACUUCUUCGAAGCGUCUCAGGUUAACCUACCCGAAGGCGACAGCAAGCAGCUAUUCGACCAUAACGAAGUAUCGGCUGUUUGCUCUGGUUCCGACAACCUGUUCCUAGGCUCGAGCGAUGGCCUUGUUCGGAUAAUCGGAAAGAGCUGGAAUGUCGUCAACACGUUUCAAGCUCACGAGUCGGGCGCGAUCACGCAGAUUCGACAGGUUGAAGGAACGAGCUUGCUUGUGACGGUCGCGGAGGACCUGAGCAGCGAACCUGUGCUCAAAGCUUGGGCGUUGGACAAGCUGGUAAAGAAGACGAACAUGCCGACAUGCCUCAGCACAGUUACCAUUAACAACGGUCGACGACAAUUCCCGAUUUCCGCUUUCACGACUGCUGACGACCUCUCACAAAUUGCUGUGGGCUUCGCCAACGGCUCCGUUACGGUCCUCCGGGGCGAUCUUAUCCACGACCUCGGCACGAGACAACGAAUCGUGUACGAAUCAGAAGAACCGGUGACUGGCCUGGAGCUCAUGAUAGAUGAAAAACUCACGACCCUCUUUGUAUCAACAACGUCACGGAUACUCAAACUUGGCUUGUCAAAGAAGGGGCAAGGCAUGCCUCCCAAGACUGUUGAAGAUACUGGCUGUGACGUCGACUGCAUGACGCUUGAUCCACGGACAGGAGAUGUGGUUGUUGCGCGCCGAGAUGCCAUCUAUACAUACAGGAUCGACGGCCGUGGUCCACCAAGAGCAUAUGAGUCACCAAAGAAGAAGCUUGCAAUGUAUCAGGAUUACAUGGCUCUAGCCUGUCCACCGUCAGCAGCGAAUGGUAACGACCCAGAAGAAUUACGACGCCGCUUCGGCAGUAGCACCGACGGUCUUUUUGUAGCGUCGACGUUUGUGCUGCUUCAAGCGGAUCUUCGCGUCAUUGCGCAUACAGAGACUUUGCUCUCUCCAGUGAAGUUCAUUUUUGAGGCGUGGGGGGAUCUUCUCACGGUAACUGAGGAUGGAAAGAUCUAUCGAUACCACGAGCGAGGUUUGCAACAACGCCUGGAGAUGCUCUAUCAGAGAAACAUGUUCACUCUGGCACUCGAGCUAGGACGCAACGCUGGCCUUGACAGCAAAGAACAGAGUGUAAUAUAUCGCAAAUUUGGUGACCAUUUAUAUCAAAAAGGCGACUUUGAUGGCGCCAUGGUGCAGUACAUACGUGCCAUUGAUACGACAGAGCCGUCUCAAGUUAUUCGAAAGUUCCUCGACACACAACAAAUCCAAAACCUGAUCCAAUACCUCGAACGGCUUCACGAGCACAGAAAGGCGACAUCUGAUCACACAACGCUGCUGUUGAACUGCUACGCCAAGCUUAAAGACAAAAAGAAGCUCGAAAAAUUCAUCGAAUCACAAGAGGAUCUCAAAUUCGAUCUGGACACAGCUAUCUCAAUGUGUAGACAAGGCGGCUAUUACGAACAAGCAGCGUAUCUUGCUAAACAGCAUGGCGAGACCGAGCUUGUUGUUGACAUUCUAAUUGAAGACUCAAAAAGCUAUGCCGCUGCUUUGGAAUACAUCUGGCAUCAAGAUCCAUCAAUUGCUUAUCCCUGUUUGAACAAAUACGCUAGAGUCUUGAUCGAACAUUGCCCAGCAGAGACGACAAAGCUUUUCAUCGAUUAUUAUACCGGAAAAUACCGUCCCAAGCGAACUCCAAUGCUGGCAGUGGCAUCCGAAGGUAAUAACUCGAAUUCAUUUGCGUCCGGAGCAGCCAGUGCGGUUCAAAAUCUCUCCAGUCUCUUCGCCCUCCCUUACAUGAGCCCAGCAUCAGCAAUAACGCCAACAGGCAUUAGCAGUCGAGGCGAGGCUGGCGAGAAUGUUCUUCCUGUACAUGAGGACGACAUCCCCGCACCCAAAUAUACACCACCGGCUCCCAAAACUGCCUUUUCAUCCUUCAUCGACCACCCAAACGAGUUUAUUGUGUUCCUGGAGACAUGUUUGGAGGAGCCAGAUGUCAGCGACUCUGAUAAGACAGAUCUUUACACAACACUCUUCGAAAUGUACUUGUACAAGUCGACUGAGAAGAAGAACCAGGAUCAUCGUGAUGAAUGGGAGGCAAAAGCCAAGAAGCUCAUCGAAGGUGAACACGUGCCGAUGGAAAGCUCAAACGUGCUACUUCUCUCCGACUUAUCCAACUUUAAGGACGGCAGUACGCUUGUUAAAGAACAGGCUGGCCUGCUCUCUGACAUCUUUCGGUCGUACACAUCGGCAAAAGAUACGCAAGGAGCUCUCAAAGCUCUACGGAAAUACGGGCCUGACGAACCACAGCUGUACCCUGCAGCACUAUCGUAUCUCACAUCGGAUCCCAAGAUUUUAGACGAAGCUGGGCACGAUGAAUUGUCAUCUAUUCUUACCAAGAUUGACAAGAAUAACCUGAUGGCACCGCUCCAAGUUAUACAAACCCUUGUCGGCCAGUCAUCCGGGGGCGGUGUUGCUACCAUGGGUAUGAUCAAGCCGUAUUUGCAGGAGACAAUUGCCAGAGAACGCCGCGAAAUCGCCGCCAAUAGAGCUAGCAUUGCCAACCUUCGGACGAAUACGGACAAGCGACGUGAGGAAUUGGAAGAGCUUGGAUCUAAGCCUGCUGUUUUCCAAUCAUCUCGUUGCGAAGACUGCAACCAGACGUUAGAUCUACCCACGGUACACUUUUUGUGUAAGCAUAGCUUCCACCAGCGGUGCCUGCGAAGUACGAGUGACGAAGCGGCUGAAUGUCCCAAGUGUGCUGGUGAGAAUGAUAUGAUACGCAAGUUGCGCCAAGGACAGCGUGAAAGAGCCGAGAAGCAUGAUUUGUUCAAGACUGAUUUGGCAGCGAGCGAUAACAAGUUUGGCACUAUUGCCGAAUGGCUUAGCAGAGGAGUUAUGGAGGCGUCGAAGAGUGUAGACCAUUCGCUGUAGACUUUUGGGUGGGGUGACGAUGAUUCAUAAAAAUAUUGUAUAGAAAUAGCCGGCGAAAUAUACUCGUGUAAUGUUUUAUGAUUGUAUUUGCUACU